UCGCCAUACUGUUUUAAACUUGCGGAAGUGCGCGUUAUGCGAAGGAUGGCAGCAUGAAUCGAACGACCGGGCGGAUUUAACAGCAUCUUGAACAUCAGUAACAUAUUAGCUGUUACUGAAGUUGGCUGGCCAUUGUUACUGACCGAUAUCAUUUAAACCAGUGUUUUUGUUUUAGCUGCCGUCCGACCAGCGUUGUCCAGUGCAACUCUCAUAUUCACGCGUUUGGAUUGGUCGGCAGAAGGGAUUCUCUAAUUAUGGGAGCCUUGCAGUCGUUUCCUGGGGAACCCGAAUACCUUGAUCUUGCGGAGAAGACGGGAUUUUCCCCCGAGCAGAUUGGAAUCCUGCACAAGAGAUUCAAGCAGCUAAGUCACAAUGAGGACACACUGAGUAGAGACAACUUCAACGCGAUUCCAGAUCUGGCAUGCAAUCCAAUUCGAUCCGAGAUCAUAGAGGCUUUCUUUGACAAAAGAAACUUCCAUCAGAAUAAAGUGGGGAUGGUGGAGGAAAUUGGCUUUGAGGAGUUCCUUGUGGUCAUGUCCCACUUCCGACCUCCGUCGUUGAACCUGACGGAAGAGCAGAAGGAGAGUGUCCGGAGGGAGAAGUUACGCUUCCUGUUCAACAUGCACGACACUAACAAUGACGGAACCAUCACCCUGGAGGAGUACAGACACGUGGUGGAGGAGUUGCUUUCUCGUAGCGGCUCCCUGGAGAAGGAGACAGCCAAAGGGAUCGCAGACGCAGCCAUGCUGGAAGUGGCUAGCAUAUCUAUGGGCCACAUGGAGCCGGACGAAUUUUAUGAGGGCAUCACUUUCGAGCAUUUCCUAAAGAUACUGAAGGACAUUGAGAUAGAAACAAGGAUGAACAUUCGCUUUCUGAACAUGGACACACCCACACUUUGCAAGUGAAGAUGGUCUAUGAUGCCUGUUUCUCAUUCUGCCUCUCUUCCAGGAACCCUCUUUUAUUCUGUAAGCUAGGAGGUCACACUUUUAGUUCUGUUGAAGAGCACUGAUUGUGUUAACGCUUUGGUUAACGGGUCUUGCCAGAUCUUUCUGUCCAGCUGCCUUGAUACUAACACUUUUUAUUGUUGUUAAAAGCAUUAAGAACAGGCUGAUGUUAACGUAUGGAUAACUAUACAAGCAUGUAGCUAAUCAUGCUGUCUUAUGCAGGGAUAUAUACCCAUUGUUGAAUAAUAACAAUGCAUGCAUUGGGAUGCAUACUAAAUUCAACCAUAGAUUACAGUCAAUCCCAUAAAGCAAUAAUUAGUCUUUCAUGUAAAAGUUAAAACAGGGCAGGUUGAGGAUGCUGAAUCUCAAUUAAUUAUGGGAAUAUGGUCACCUCCAAUAUGCAAUAUAUAUUAUAUACUAUAUCCAAACUCAGACUGUUACAAAUUGUUGUAUUUGGAUAUAAAUGUUAUCCAGCAUGCAUAAUCUUCACAAUAUAUAAUGAUUAUCUUAUAUUGUAUAUCUAACAAACAAGAAAAGGGUUUGUUUAGUUGUUAAGGCUUUUGCACAGCCUGUUAAUGUGUUGACAGUGAAUGUGAAAUUAUAUUAUUCUAUAGUUUACAGUACAGUUCUGUUUAUUGUAAAAACACUAGAAACCAGACCUAGCUGACUGCAGGACUGUACUGAACACUUUUGAUUUUUCCAUGUAAAACAUAUUUUAUCGUGAGGUGAGGAAAAUUAUAUUGUGUUAAUUUUCUUAAGAUUAAUUUGCAGUCGACGGAAACGGAAUAUCCUUGAGCAAAUUUUGCGUCAUUGUGUUUUUGUUUCCUGUGAUGACCAAAGAGAUAUGAAGAAACACUGACGAUACGGUGUCCAGAACAGGAGCCUCUACUGAUGUUUGGUGUUUGCUGCCCUCUAGAGACCAAAGAUAUGAAUAACUCUGUUUACGUCCUUUGAUUCACAUUACAUGCUAAACAAACAUUUUCACAGUGCAAAUGUUUUUGCUGUUUUUUAAUUUAUUUUGUCUAAAUCUCAUCUGUGCACGGUACUGAAAUCACACUGGAUUGUGAAAUAAAAAUUAUUAGAAAAUU